AUGGCCAAGGACAAGAUAGUUGAGGCGCAGGAUAGCCAUCUGAGAGAAGAACGCCCUGCUGUUGCAGAAGGUGGCACUGGCUCUGAAGCGGUCGAGGCAGAGGAGGUGGCUACUGCCCGAGCUGAAGUGAUCGAGUCUUUUCGGGGUUCAGAGGAGCUGAGGAGCUACAUCAUGGAUCAGAUGGUGGCUAUGCAGCUGCGUUGGGAGCAAGGUUGGUGA